AGUAGUCUCAGGUCACCUCACAGUUUUGUUGCAAUAUAUAAUUUUUUUUUUUCUCAGUACCCCAAGCAGUUUCAGGGUGUGUGUGUGGUUUUUCUUUUCAUGUUAUAGCCUUAUUUUAUUAGGUAAUUGUACAGGGGGUAGCCUCACAGUAGCCCACAGUAACCAGGUGGCCCUGACAAUCUUUCACAGACACACAGUGUUGGAGCCUCUCAGAGGAGAGCUUCGCUACAACACAGAUAGUCAUACAGAAAGUUCCUCAAGAGGCCAUGGAUGUGCUCAUAGUGACUGUCAAGGCUGUACCAGACUCCAUGUGUUUCCAGCAGAGAAAAGUACAGACUGACAGUAGUUUCUUUUGGGUAUUAGCGCUGACUACAAAGUUCUGUGUCCAUGCUAGGCUGAGCAGUGGUCAGUUAACCUGCCCCAUGUUCCCUGACCCUCCACAUCACACAGUCACAAGGCCAUGUCUCCUGCAGUUUUUGCUGCCUCAAUUCUCUGUUCCAUUCUUGAAAAAUGCUACAAGUGAGGAUUCUAGCCUCAUUUGAACACAAACGUCCACAACAGGCUGACGCCAUGCAAACAUGCACGUGUACAUAUUAGAGUAAAUAAACAUGUCACAGCAUCUAAAUCAACUCAAGGCUGAAAUGGAGAUUGUUAAAACACUCAGGAAUAUAAGUUCAGAGGAGAGAAGGACCAAGAUGCUAAGACAGUUGAAGGAAAUCGAGUUGGAGCGCAGAGAAAAUGCUGCUGUGGAUCAGCUUCACAGAUGCAGGAGAGAAAAAGAAAAACAAGACAAAGAAAUUUAUGAAAUGCAAAAACUAAAAGAAAGAAGUGAGCAGAGGAUGAAAGAGGAGGAGGAGAAACUGAAAGAGAAGGAGAAGAAACUGAAAGAGGAAGAGAAAAUGAAAGAAGAGGAGGAGAAACUGAAAGAGAAAGAGACAAAACUGAAAGAGAAGAAGAAACUGAAAGAAGAGGAGGAAAAACUGAAAGAGGAGGAGGAGGAGAGGAGAUCAAAUGAGGAAAAAGCCCUAAAAAAACAAAUAGAAGACAACCCGAAGAAAGAGCAGCCUCGGGUGAAGAAGCAGACCUCGUGCUCCUUCAGUCUGAAUGAGAAGGAGAGUGGAAGAAGAAAUCCGCUCUUCAACAGCUGGGUUGGUGGGAUGCUGAAAUCAGAAAGCGAGACUGACAAGGAGGAACUCCACCCAAAUGAAUCACUCUCUACCACCACAGUAAGUCCCGUUGUAAAGUUUGAAGGAGACCCCUUCAUCACAAAAUGGAGAAGAAACGCCAUCCUCUGAAGAUCAUUCUCUGAAGUGAAGAAAAUACAUUUGAAGUGAUGAUGCUUUCCAAACUGAUGAAAAUAAAACAGCGCUGGGUUGAAAAUACUUGAGUUGUAUUAGUUACUAAGCAGCUAAGAUGCAUUCUAGAUGCAUUUUUAGACAAAGGUGGGAUCACAUUGUGUUCUAUCAUUUAUACUCCAAAAAUGUUAUUGCAUAAUAGAGCAGCUUUUCAAAGAUAAGAAGAAAAAGAUUGAAAUGAGCAAAUCUAAAAUACCUGAUCCUAGGUGAAGUAGAUUUUCUGUCAGAUCAUUUUCAAGACUUUUUAAGAGACCGCAGUGUAAGUGGAAGAUGUAGCCUAAUGAGAAACUCCAUAGAAUCUCAGUGGUUCACCCAAGUCUUUACAACUCUUCUAGACACCAUGAAUAUAUACCAAAGACUGGCUUGUUGUUAUUGAGAUAUCUAAAGUACUGAGCACAUGAUUUAGCUCAACAAAGUCAUAAUGUGAUUCUAACAUUUCAGCAUGUGCACCUGUGCUGUUUGCAUCACUGCUUCUGUUUGUUUGGCUACAGAGGAAAGAAGCGGAAAACAACUAAUGAAACCUACAGCACAUUACAGCAGCAGCUGACAAAUGGCCAAAAUUAGAGUUUAAAAUGGAAACACUGAUUCAUAGGUUUAGCCCUGACCUGCCGUAUGUUUUACGACCAUUUGUGGCUCAUUUAAUAUUUAGGACAAUAUUUUACUCUAGUAUUCUUGUUUCUUCCCAGGAGAUCCCUCUGUCGACUAAGAACUGGCCAGCUACCAGAGUAACAGACUCUUAAUGAAGAUAAAUUAUUGUGGAGGGCAGCUUUUUUUUUUUUUUUUUUUUUUUUAUAAAUGGUUACUUUUACAAAUGUAAAGGGUCUGAAAAUGAAUUUAGUAUGAAACCAUACCUCAACUUUGUGAUCAGAGUACA